AUGGCCAGGAGAGAAUCUCCCAGUUGUCAAGACCUUGCAGUCUUGAUGACUGGGAGGAAUCCAUCCCGGCCAUCAAUACUGUACAAGUCUCAAAGACCAGAUGGAAUCCCUCCCAGCCAUCAAGACUGUACAAGUCUCAAAGACCAGACGGAAUCCCUCCCGGCAACAAUGGGCAGCCACACUAAACGGCCCACUAACGUUGGCGUAAUGGCCCUCAAAACAGCGCGCCAAACCUGUAGUGUUAGUGCCACUACGCUAUGUUACACUGUGCUACAGCCCUUUUAG